AUGUUCGCGCUAGGCCUACCCCUCGGAUGGGUCUUACGUUCCACAGCCGGUGACGAUGGACAGAUAGCGAAGCCCACGGAGUUCGUCAAAUACAAGCUGGUGGACAAGACGGAGGUGUCAACGACAUGCGCCAUCUUCACUUUACGGUCUUCAGGAGGCGCCAAGAUCGAUCAUAGGCAGGUACACGAUAGCUGUGCUCUCACUAGCGUGCAAUUCAAGCAGCCACAAUUGCAGAUUGCGCGAUCAUAUACUGUGCUACCACCAACCAAAGAUCAAUCUCCAGAUGACCUUCGAUUCCUCAUUCGGAAGGAAAGGAACGGUGAGGUCUCUGGAUAUUUGCAUCGACUGCGACCCGAGGCAGAGAUUGAAGUGCGAGGACCAGGUGUAGAUUACAUAUUGCCGGAGGAUGUUGGCGAAGUGGUAUUCCUCGCUGGAGGUACAGGCAUUGCGCCAGCCAUGCAGGUCGCUCACCGACUAGCUGGAAAGGCGAGCGUACAUGUACUCUGGGCAAGUCGGCAAAGAGAAGAUAGUCUUGGAGGCGUGAGUGACACGAAAGCACAAAAGUCGUUAGGAUUUGGCUCGAGUCUGUUCAGCUGGAGAGCAGCGCGCGCUGAUCCAACUGAGGCAUCAGUGGGGAAUGUGGCUGCAACUAAUGCCAUCGUGGAGCAGAUGCAGGACUUGAAGCACGCACCAGGAUCGCAGCUUAGCCCUUCUACCUCUCUGGUCAUAGACUAUUUCGUGGACGAAGAAGACACCUUCAUACAAGCUGCGAACGUGGCACAGAUUAUUGAGUCCGAACGGGCCUCAGGUGGCUCCCGGCUUAUCCUAGUCUCCGGCCCGGAAGGUUUCGUCAAGCACUGGGCGGGUCAAAAGGAAUGGGUGGGUGGAAAGGAAGUGCAAGGCCCAUUGGGCGGUGUUCUGGCUACCCUCAAUCAUGGAAACUGGCAAGUCGUCAAAUUGUGA